ACAAGGGUUGCCGGACCGGAUUCUCGAUACCCAGAUUACCGGUGCAUAUCUCUCCGAUUGCGGAGUGGAAAGUGAAACCCCCUAUCGUGUGUUUAUGUGUGACACGUCUAAACAAUCAACAAACACGUAGUCAAUGAACACUAGUUCCGCGUGAAGUGAGAAAGUGCCCAAACGAUCGAUUUAACACAGAAAACAGAAACAGCAGAGCGGUGCGGGUUUUGAGUCCAUUCGGAAAAGAUGCCUCCAUCGCGACUCGACGGGCUCUAUCGGUCGUUGCUGCUGACCAAGUUUUUCAGCAAAGGCUGGGGCAAACCGGAAAAUAUCGAAAGAUUGUUCGAGUUUCGCAAGAUCAUUUCGAAUCGGGCCGCUUGCUCCCAGCUGGUUCCGCGUGACUAUCCGGUGGAAAUUACGCGGGAAGAGGUCCAAUCGGAUUGCAAAAUACUUGAGGGCAAGUUUAUUACGCCACUGGAAAUCUACAUGCCCGGUCUGGUGCCGGACGUUGCACAGAAUGCCCACUUUCAGAUCGUGCUGCCGCUGAAGUGGAACGACGAACGCUUCAAACCGAUCUGCAUCCACCUGGCCGGUACGGGCGAUCAUUACUUCUGGAAGCGAAGGAACCUGAUCGUCAAACCCCUGCUAAAGGAAGCCAAUCUAGGGGCCAUUAUUCUCGAGAACCCGUUCUACGGUUUGCGGAAGCCCAAAGAGCAACGGGCCUCAAGCUUACAGAAUGUUUCGGAUAUCUUCGUUAUGGGCGGUUGCUUGGUGCUCGAAACGCUCGUCCUACUGAAUUGGUGCGAACGAUACGGCUUCGGACCUCUCGGUAUCACCGGACUUUCGAUGGGCGGUCACAUGGCUUCACUGGCCGCAACAAACUGGCCAAAGCCGCUCGUGCUCGUACCGUGCCUCUCGUGGUCGACCGCAUCGUCCGUGUUCACCGAAGGCGUUAUGAGUAACUCGAUCAGCUGGGAUGUGCUCGAAACGCAGUACUUUGCCGACGGUAACUUCCGCGAGCGGCUCUCCAAGAUGGUGACCGUUGUGGAUGACGCAUUUGUCGCUGGGAAGCAUUUCGUGCAAAACUUUGACCAAUCGGUGGAAGAGCUGCGGCUGGACAUUGACGAAACGAAGGAUCUCGUGUGCGGCGAAUCGACGACGGACGUUAACCUGUCCGUCAUCCGAGAGGCGACCCCGGAGCGGGCAGAUCAGCAGGAGGACAAGGAACCGCUCAAGAGUCGUAUCCACAUCAACCGAACGAACGCUCUGAAUCUCUCGGAACCGUUGCUGAAAAAAUUACUUUCGAACGUGCGGUGCGAGCUAACCCAGGAAGAGGUGGACGAACUGAAUGAAAAGAUCCACCUAGCGCUCAAGCGACACAACGAGGAAAAUCACACGGGGGCCGGCCAGCCGGGUGAAAAGCUGAUUCUCACGGUAAACACGAAAACGAACCCGACUGAAGACCCCGCCACGGCCGUGGUUGCUUCCUCGAAGUCGGUCGGCUCGAAAAUUAUGGAGUACAUCACCUGGGGUGCCUAUUCGUCCAGCUCCUCCACGUCAACCCCGGGCGAGAAGCGGGUUCCGAUCGAUACGACCAAACAGCGCUGGUGGGAACGGGAAGCGUUACAGUUUAUGCGCGGCAUGAUGGACGAGUGUACACAUCUGAAGAACUUCUCGGUACCCUACGACACGUCACUGAUCAUAGCCGUUUGCGCGAAGGACGAUGCUUACGUACCAAGAGACGGCUGCACCAGCCUGGAGGACAUUUGGCCCGGCGCCGAGAUACGCUACCUCGACGCUGGCCACGUCAGUGCGUACGUACUGCACCAGAAGCUGUUCCGAUCGUGCAUCAUCGAGGCGUUUGAGAGAGCGAAGAAAAAGUGGGUUCCGGACAAUGGUACCUUGCGGACGGAGGUGAAUGGAGGGGGUACGCCAUCGACGGACCAACCGCACAAAUAGUGUGAAACUGUGAGCCGACAUUUCGGAACCAUGGGAACACGCUGCCGUGGAUCUGCCGGUUAACCAAAGAAUGAAACAGUAGAGGCAACCCUCACAUAGGAUACACAGGCCAGUGGUGGUACCCCACGACUCUGCCGACCGUUCCUGCAGAGGAACGGCACGCGAAUUAUCGCUACUCGAAGGAUAAUCCGGCCAGAGUCAGGCUGGUAUAUGGUGGCUGGAAUUUGUGAGAUUAGCGAGAAUGUGAUAAACCUUUUGAUGAUUGGGUGUACAGUAACAGAACAGAGAGACGAAGGAGUUAGAAGGAGAGAGCAUCUGCGACAGUCUGAGGUCAUCCGCCAGGAAGUGUUAAUUUUAUGUAUUUUUAGAUUGAGCAAUUCUAGUAGAAACCUGCGGCAAAGAGCCGCAGCGUCCGCUCUUCGUAUGUGUAUUCCAAUUUAGGUGCUGUGGUUCCGUUAUUGUGUUCAUGCGCCAGGCUUCAGUACCUCGAAUACGGCCUCUUAUUAUCGAUCGGUUCGAUUUAAUAAAGUGAAAAGAA